ACAAGCCCAGCCACUCUGAGGAGGAUUCUAACUGAACCAGGAAAGCCAUGACGUGCUGUGAGGGGUGGACAUCCUGCAAUGGCUUCAGCCUGCUCAUUCUGGUCCUGCUAGGAGUUGUUAUCAAUUGUAUCCCCCUGGGCAUCAGCUUAGUGGAGGCAGACUCGGUUUCUCAAAACCCCAUCUCCUGCUACGAAUGGUGGUUCCCGGGGAUUAUAGGAGCAGGCGUGAUGGCCAUCCCGGCAACAGCGAUGUCCCUGGCAGCAAGAAAAAGAGCGUGCUGUAAUAACAAGACCGGGAUGUUUCUUUCAUCACUCUUGAGUGUGAUCACAGUCAUUGGUGCCGUGUAUUGUAUGUUGGUAUCGAUCCGAGCUCUCUUGGAAGGACCUCUAGUUUGUAACACUCAGGUCAACAGUACUGUCACAUGUGAAUUUUCAUUGAAAAACCUAAGUAACUUUCGUCCUGAAUCCUUCAACCUGCUGUGGUUCUUCAAUGACACUUGUGUCCCUCCUACUGAUUUUAAAAACCCCACUAUCAACAACAUGGUCAGUAACUUGAAAAUACCCAACUCCAACUCUGAAGAAGACAGACACAGGAUUUUCCACUUCUCAGUGUUUAUGAGUCUCCUGCUUGUUGGAAUCCUCGAGCUCCUGUUUGGGCUUAGUCAGAUACUCAUUGGUUUCCUUGGCUGUCUGUGUGGCGUCUCUCAGCGACGGAGACAAAUUGUAUAAAGGGUAAUAAACUAGAAUGUUGGUACUUUGAAUAAUUUGAAAAUUUGCAUUGUAAUCUCAACAAUGAAGCAUCUUCUAGAACACGGAGACUUUUAGUGCAAACAGAUUUUUAGAAUCAUCUCUGAAGCAACUUUCAAAAAACCAAAAUCCAACCUAUCAAGCUGGGCAGGGCUGGUGCACGCCUUUGACCCCAGCACUCAGAAGCAGAGGCUGAUGGAUCUAGAAUCUGAGGUUUGUCUAGUUUACAGAGCAAAUCCCAAGACAGCCAGGACCACACAGCGAAACAAAAGCAGAGGAAUGGCAAAUCAAACUCUCACAUAAAGCACAUUGUAUGUGCAGAAAACCUCCACUCUGGAAAACAGUCAUCAGUGGUUGAUACUGGGGAGAAGCGUAGAGAAGCCUUUUUAUGCCCUGUCUAUGCUGAAAAGACAUUUGUUUGACCUUAUGGUUAUAGAAGUCUGUGUCUUAGCUUUAAGAAAUAUAUAUUACAUAUUUAGGGAGGAAGACCAUGGUUUAAAAAUACUCAUCCCAAAGUGAAAGGAAAAUGCUGCAUUUAACUGAGAGGCACACAGCAGCAAGUCCUACUCUACUUCCUUACGUUUGUAUCUGUUCACGAUUUAUGGCUAUACCUUGGUGGGGGGUGGGGUGGGGUGGUGGUGGGAAUCAGCCUUUUAAAAGCUUUUUUUUUAUAUUUAUGCUGGUCUUUGAAAGACAGGUAACAAAAUGUAUUUAUUGUAUUAAAAUGUUAAGAAGUAGAAAAACCUAAAAAUCUACAAUUGAUUUCAAUCUCAAUUUUACAGGGCGUAUGAU